GGACGGGGGGCAGCGAGCGGAUUGAAAGCGGGCGCCCUAGUUUGGGUGCAAUGAGCACGGCGUGGUGUGGAGUACCGGGGCGAUGCGUAAACAAGCGCUGCACUAACUCCUCCGCCCUCGGAGUAUUUCCGUGUUUUCACUACAGCUCAUUACAGUGUAUCAAGUGCUUACUGCCAUUCACGCACAAGACAAACUUGGCCCCUUUCGCUUUUCCUUUUUUUCCCCUCCCCCCUGCUCUGGCUUAUUUAUUUCUGUUGUUGAGGCAUCAUCCGACUGGGCUUCACUCCACAACAUUUAAAAACAAUUCUAGUCCUCUUAUAAUCAGUAUGGCCUCUUGAGAGGGGAAAAUAAUAUAUAAGGUUUGGGACACUUUGUACAACACAGAAGAGAAAAUCAUAACCUUGAUCCUUGCGUAAAGGACAAUGUGCUCCUGGAGAAGUUGAAUUGCUUCAAAUUGUUCCAACAAAUUUCUCAGAUGCCUGGAGAAGUGCAGCUGUGCCGUGCAGCACAGCAGGCCCUUUAAGCAUACUGCCACCUGCAACGCUGGCCUGAUUGUCCUGUUCUUGUACUGUUAUCCUGUCCAACAAUGGCUGCACAAAGGAAACACCUAGUCAGAGAAUUUAACGCCUUCAUCACUUGUUACAUCUGCAAGGGCUAUCUUAUCAAGCCAACUACAGUGACUGAGUGUCUACACACUUUUUGCAAAAGAUGUAUUGUUCAACAUUUUGAAGACUCAAACGACUGUCCAAAAUGUGGAAUUCAAGUUCAUGAAACGAACCCAUUGGAAAUGUUAAGGUUGGACAAUACUUUGGAAGAAAUUAUAUUUAAGGUGGUGCCUGGUCUUAAAGAAUUGGAAAAACGACAGGAAGAAGAAUUCUGGAAAAAAAAUAAACCACAAGAGAAUGGAGAAGAUAAUGAAGGCCCCAAAGCAAAGAAGCCUAAAGUGGAAGAGGAAGAGGACCAAGAUGAUCAGGAUUAUCACAGAAGUGACCCACAGAUAGCCAUUUGUCUAGACUGCCUUCGCAACAAUGGCCAAUCGGGAGACAAUAUAGUAAAGAUGCCGCCUGACUUGCUGAGUUCCUCCAACAGUUUGUUUUUCACCCAAGAUUCCAGCAUCUGCAGUCUCUUGUGUCGAUCGAAGCAAACUCUUCUUCCUGGCUUAAUGAAGAAAUUUAUCCGCUGCUCCACAAGAGUCACAGUGGGAACUAUAAAGAAAUUUCUCAGUUUGAAAUUAAAACUUCCGAGCACUUGUGAGCUCGAUGUUCUAUGCAAUGGGGAAAUUAUGGGGAAAGAUCAUACUAUGGAAUUCAUAUAUAUGACAAGAUGGAGACUCAGAGCUGAAAAUUCUUAUCCAAUGGUACUACAGUACCGGCCAAGGAUUGACUUUGGUUAAACCAGAGCGGCUGUUAUCCACUAUGGAGGAUACUGCACUAAAGUUUACCCAUCGACAGUUUGCACAAUGAAUGGAUAUAUAUUGGACUCAAUCAGAUAUUUCGAAAUAGAAACAGAAUUUGUAUCUGUCUACCAUUUUUCAGAUGUGUUUAUUUUUCCCAAGAACAAGCUUGAUGCUAUUCUGCUACUGGAGCCAUGAAACGUCAAUGUUCGUCAGUGUGAUAUUUGUGUUGAAGACUGCAAAUAAUCACCCCUUUUUUAGCCUGUGAGUUGAUAGUCAGUGAAACACUGUUCAUGUGUUUAAAAGCCUAUGUCCUGAAGUUAUACAUGUGCUUGUGCUAAUGCUAAAACAUAGAGCAAAAUGACAAAUCUAGGUCUACGGCCUUGAAUACAUUCAUAUUCCGGUUAAACCAUGCAUUGACUUUGUUUGUUUGUAGUCUGUUAACUGAUCAUAAGGACAACCUUUUGAAGCUAUUAAUGUUUUUGUUAUAUACCACUGAUGUAAUCAUAAAUAAGGAGGUGCAUUUUGGGGGGACAAAUAACUUGAUAUCCUGUACCAUAAGCAUUGAUGGUCCAUUUCUAUAGCUGAAGAAAAUACAUUGGUUUAUGAGCAUAAGAAAAAAAUAACAACCUGAAGUAGAAAAUUAUUACUUAUUACACAAAAGACCAGAGAGCAUGGAUCAAAAAUUGAUUCAUUCCAAUAUGGAGGAACGUAGCCUGGACACCACUAAAAAUAAUUGGACUUCAAAGUCAAAUUCCAGAUUAACAAAAUAAUUAUUCCACCAAGUCUUGGGGAAAAUCUUGAUGAAUCUGUUUGUUGCUCAUGUCAAAUUUCAGACUGAGAUCUCUCAACAGAUUAUUACAUUGAAUUUGUAUUUGUCUUCUAAUCCGUGUGCGCUUGCAUGGAAAUGAGAUGGGUGGAUUUUGGAAUCCUGCUAGUUUAGAAUAUCAUGAAGAUUACGUUGAUUACGAAGAUCAUUGAUUUGACAGUGAAAGAACGAACAAAUAGGUUUCCUCCUUCAUAUUUGCUAAAAUAAAGUACUUUGGUAAAUACAGACCUGUUAAAAAUAGAAUAUCUUGCCCCACUCAGUUCACCUCCUUGACAAUCAGAUGUAGUUGUAUUGGCAAUAUAUGAUAGACAACAUUAU